AUGUACAAGGAAGAGAAGGCCAAAAGAAGACUCAUGAGGCACGAGGAUCGGAAUUCAGGGGAACAGCACAGUGUCAGCAGCAAAAGCUAUGAGCCAAAGGAUGCUGAAGACAAUGAAAAACAUGCUUUGAAAAGGAAAUGUAAGGGGCAACCAAACAAGAGAAAAAAUGUCCCUGAAACAGAAUCCUUCCAAGUGGAAAGUGAAGAAGGCUCCUCUUGGAAGCAAGAGUCAUGCCCCCAAAGGUGUCAUGAUGAAAGGAGGGAACAAUAUAACAGGCAGCCUCACUGUAAGGCCAGCAGUAAGGCUGCCAGGGGGGAAAGUGAGGGCCAUAAGAAGACACACGUUAAGAAGUCAGCCAAAAUAUUUUCCAAGGCAAGUCCUGUGAAUUCAGAAGGUUCGUCUUGUUCAGAUUCCCAAGAUAAAUUCAGCUGGAACCCAAGAAGGUGGGAUAAAGACAGUGGAAAGAAAAGGAUCAAAGCUAGAGAGGACAAAAGUUUUUGGAAAGAUGGUGAGGAAGAGCUGUUUAGUAAGAAAUGGUUACCAGCUCUUACGGAAAGUCAACUUGCAGGUGAGAGAAGAGGAUGCCAGGAGCCUCAGGAAACAACCAGUGAAAAUGAAGGAAAGCCAGAGAUUGUAGUUCAAAGGCAAGAAUUUCAGGAUGAAGGGAGUGGCUCCGAGAUAGAUGAGAAAAUAAAAGGGAAGCAUAAAAGAUCUGUGAGAAGAAGAGCUACACCAACUGAUAGUAAUGAGCACAGUGACGGUGGAAACAGUUCAGAAAAUCACUAUAGGAGCCACAGAGAAGAAGAGAGUGAUAGUGGGGAACAUGAAAAUCCAUCAGAAAAGGGAAAUGGCAAAGAAGACUCCUGCUAUGGGCAAAACAGGCCUGGAAGUGAAAAGGAUGGAAAUGAGAUAAGUAGCCUUGAAAAAGGAAGAAGAAGCAACAAGACAAAACCACUCCCCAGUACUGUAAGACUGAAGCUCCUGAAAGUUAGCUUAAGCAAAACCCUUCAAGGGAACCACCAGGCAGAGGAGGACAUGAGUGACAAUGACCAGCCAGCCAGAGCUGAAAUCACAUCUUCACCACAGCCAAUAAAGCAUAAAAGUCAAUCUCCUGAUAAGCUAGACACAUCCAGACAAAGCACAUAUGAAGAAGAGCAAACAAGCCAUGAUGCAAGAACAAGAAUGGAUGCAAUGGCUUUGCUUGCGAAGCGAUAUAGUAAUCUGACUUCACAGUCCCAAAUCUUGCUGAACCUAAAGAGCAAGCAUAAGAAUGCUAAAGCCAAACUAUUGGCCAGUGGUGCAUUUUGUCCUCCCAUUAAGGCUGCAGAAAUUGAUUCUGAUUGGAUGAAGGCUCAGAGCAUCCAUCCAAAAAAGAGUGCCACCAGAAAUAGCAAAGUGCAUUCUAGGGCUAAGGUCAGUAAAGAAUCAAGAUCGAGUCUUUCUACUGCUUCUAGCUCAUACUCUAACACUAAAAAGCUUUCUGUUGAGAAGAAAAAGUACAUUGGAAAAGUAAUUGGAAAGGUCAAAAUGGCUUCACACCAAGCCGCAGAGGCAAGAGAGAAAGAGGAAGACGUGGUGGUUGAGGAACAAACUAGGGAAGAUGCUGUUGAAAAGGACUUGACAUCUAAGCAAACAAGAUCCAAAUCUCUACAAACACUCUCAACAUUUAGGAAAGUAACCCACUGGCUUAGCCAUAAACCCUCUAAGAAAGCAAGCUUGAAAGAUCGUUUCUUAAAUGUGUUGCGCACAGUUGGCAUCUCAGGGUGGUUCUUAAAGAAGAUUGGCAAGAAGAAGAGGAGCAGCAAACCAUUUGAAUUUAGGAGGAGAAUGGCCAUCCAGUUUGUUAGCACAGUUGGGUUGGCCAAGAGGUGUAGUAGGCCUUCCCAUUACUCUGUAGGAGAGCAAAUGAAGAAGGGUUUGAGUAACAAAAGAUCUUCCUGCUCCUUGUUAGAAUUUGGAGAGGAAGAUACACUCAUGGAGGAGGAACCAGAAGAAAGAAUAAUAAAUAAUUUCUCCUGUAAUGAAGUCAUGUUUCAACCUCCAUUGAUGAAUUCCAAAGGACAGUCUGAGGAGGAGGAGGAGAACAAUCUUACUGAUGCCAAGUUUGCCAUUGUAUUUCCCAGGGUCCAUCAAUUAGUGAAGUCAAAAAAUGCAUCUCUUGGAAGCUCUGGUAAUAGUGGAUCACAUCCGCCGCAGUCAUGUGAUCAGUUGAGAAGGAAAGUAGAGAUGUCUAGCCAGCCAGGCUCUAAAUUGCAACAUGAUUUUUCUAAGCCAAGUAGCCAAAGAAAUGGUCGAGGUCUUCCUUGCAGUCUUCAGGCUGAUGCAUCCAUACCAGUGAAAGGAGAAGUGUCAUCGUCCUACUUGGAGGAAGAAGACAAUAUGGCAGACCUCAUUCAGAGAGCUGCACCAGAAGCAUUGGACCAAGUGCAUUGGAGUCAGUAUCAGCCUCUUACAUGUGACCCUGCAGCUUGGCUGAAUUCUGAAACGCUACUCCCACGGCUCACCAUUGAGAACUUGAGCAAGUGGACUUUAUAUAAAGAGCAGGAUUUGGCCAAGUCUCACCGGACAAAAAAAGCACCGCGGGGAAGGUGGGAGGCAGAAGAUGUCACAGAAGAUACCCUUGAGAAGGAUAUGGCACAAAAACAGACCUACAUUGGAAACAUCUUGAUCUGUGUCAAUCCAUUCAAGCGCCUCAAUCUUUAUUCAGAGGAUGUGGUGAUCCAGUACCAGAAAGAGAUGCUCUCUAGGAAUGCACCACACAUCUUCGCCAUCACAGAAAUGGCAUAUGCCUUCUCUCAGAGCUCAGAGAAAGAGCAGUGCAUUGUUAUCAGCGGACACAGUGGAUCAGGGAAGACUGAAGCUGCCAAAGCAAUUGUCCUGUACUUGUCGAGGCUGUAUCAAAGGCAAGAAAUCCAGGGGAAAAAGCAAGGCCGCGGUGAGAGGAGCUUCCAUGUGUUUUAUGAGCUACUGGCUGGACUGCCAAUAGGACAAAAGGAAGAACUUUAUCUGCAGGAGUCGGAGACCUACUUUUAUCUCAACCAGAAAGAAUCCUUUGAACUUGCAGCCAUCCCAAGUGAAACAGAAAUCCAGAUUGUUGCCAAUUUGCUGCAUAUUUCAGCAGAUCUCCUUCAAAGAGCCAUCACCCACCGAAUCACUGAAACAUGUUAUGACCGGAUAUUCACUCCACUAUCAGUAGAAAGUGCUAUAGAUGCCAGGGAUGCUAUUGCCAAAGUUUUGUACUCCCUGCUCUUUGAUUGGCUGCUGAUGAAAAUCAAUGAGUGGCUGGCCCCGUCGGAAAUGGACAGCACUGUUGGCAUUGUUGACAUAUACGGCUUUGAGGAUCUCGGGGUGAACAGCCUGGAACAGCUGUGUAUUAAUUUUGCCAAUGAACAUCUCCAGAACUUUUUCAGUCAGAUAGUCAUCACUCAAGAGGAGGAGGAGUAUCGACAAGAAGACCUAAUCUGGAGUCCUGUGUCCAAGAUGUCUAUGGAAUCCUGUUUGGACCUGAUAGCUGCAAAGCCCCAUGGAAUCUUGCGCAUCCUGGAUGAUCAGACUUUACUAUCACAGGCCACAGACCACACCUUCCUACAGAAGUGCCAUUACCAUCAUGCCAACAGUCCAUGGUAUGUCAAGCCCAAGCUGCCUUUGCCGGUCUUCACUGUGCAACAUUAUGCAGGACCCGUUACCUACCAGGUCCACAAGUUUCUGAAUAAAAACCAUAACCAGCUACACCCAGAAAUCCUGAAUAUUUUCUCCCAGAGCCAUCUUAAGCUGGUCUCCAGCCUUUUCCAAAGAGUCAAGGAACAGCAGCCCAACCAAAGAGAGCCAGGAAGGCCAAAACGUCAAGCAUCUACAUUAGUGUCUAGAUUCCAGCAGUCCUUGCAAGACCUCAUGGCUAAACUAGACAGCAGCCACAUUUUCUUUGUUCGGUGCAUCAAACCCAAUUCCAAAAAGGUGCCAAACAUAUUUGAUACUGAAUAUGUGGCUUGUCAGCUGAGGCAUUCUGGGAUUUUUGAGGCCAUACGCGUCAGGAAAGAAGGCUACCCCAUCCGCAUCCCAUUCCACAAUUUCCUGAUCCGGUACAGAGCCCUGGCUGGCCGUGGGCAGCGCUGUUUGCCGGAGAGAGAUGUCUGCGUCGCUGUGCUCUCGUGUGUGGUGGGAGACCCCUCAGAGCUCUAUCAGAUUGGACUCACCAAGGUGUUUUUGAAGGAGAAAGCGAGGCAGAUGCUAGAGAGACAAUGGAACCAAAAGCUGAGCUGGGCGAUUGUUACCCUUCAGCGCAAUCUUCAAGGCCUCAUCAACCGUAGGCGGUUCCAGGUCUUCAGGCAGAGGGUCACAUUCAUCCAGGCUCACUUCCGGGGUUACCUGGCAAGGAAGCGCUUCCGAAGGUUGAAGAAGACCCUGAUGCAAUUUGGGGUGGCCAUGUUUGUCUCUAGACUAUUGGUUCAUAGAAAAAGACAGUACCAGAGGAACACGUCACUGGUCAAAGGUGCGGAGGAGAACACGAGGUGCCUGGAAAUGGAUGUUCGACGGCUGGAAAUUCCUGCUGAGCUUGCAGCCCUUCUCCACCUGGCUGAAGGUCCUCACCAUGCCCAGACUAAUCGGGUCACCGAGGUUUCCCCUCCUGAAGUCAAUGCACAGGUUAAUCCCUCUCUGCCCCCUGACAUCAACAAUUUCCCCUUCUCUACCUUUAUGCGGCCUCACUUCCAGGAAAUGGGUUUCCCUGUCCUGGGGCAGCCUCUGCAACAGCCUUUGACCCGGCUGGAUGCCGAGCAGAAGCUAAGUGCUCUGCAGCUAAACAAACUGAUCCUGCGGUUCAUCCAUGACAAGGAGCUGCAGGGCUGGCAAGAAGAGCUGGUGGGGAACUACAUAGCACGGCAUGGGCUGGGCAUCCUCUCCCUGCGCGAUGAGCUGCUGAGCCAGGUGGCCAGCCAGGUGUGGAAGAACCCAGAUCUGGAGCAGUGCCAACGAGGCUGGGUGUUGAUGGCUGCCCUGCUGGGCACCUUCACCCCUUCUCCAGCCUUGGGGAAGCCCCUGCUGAAGUUUGUGUCCGACCACGGUCUGCAGGGGUACAAUGCUGUGUGCCAGCGUAAACUCCUGACGUCAAUGACGCAGACGGAAAGUGGCCCAGAGGCGUCCCGGAGCUUUCCUCCCACCCAGCUGGAGUGGACCACCAACCAGAGGAAAGGCAAGAUGGUGCUGGAUGUCUACACCUAUAAAGAUGAGAGGCUUUCAGCUGAAGUGGAGUCCUGGACAACAGGCGAGCAAUAUGCAGGCUGGAUUCUGAGUUCAAGAGGCCUGGAUACAGUCCCUCGUGGCUGGUCUGUGUCCAUGUUCACAGGUGAUGUGUGGCAAGACUUGGCGGGCUGUGAUUUUGUGCUGGAUCUCAUUGGAGAAAUAGAGGAAGGCAGCUGGCCCUCUCCAUCCUGCUCUGAUUAUCCUAUAACCCCCGAAUGGGGUGAAGGCUACUCCCAACUGAACUCUCCAGAGAGGAUGCCCUCCAACAUCCCUCCUGCACCAAGUAUUCAGGCACCUUCCUUCCCUCCACCCUCCCUGCCUUCAAACUAUGACAGUGGUGCAUAUCCAGGUGAGCCCCAAUCUCAAUCAAAAUCCCCCAGAGAGCUGGACCACUACGUGGAUGGCCUCUUCAUGCCACUGCUGCAUCGUGAGUCCAGGAGUAAUCUGUCGGACAUGGAGAGUGAGGGGAGCCUCACUGGACGCAUGAAAGGAGGAGGGAAAAUUGGACCCACUCGGCAAGGAGCCUUUCCAGGCUACCUGGGAAUGAUGAACAUGCCAGCUUACCAACCUAUGGCAGGCAUGGGGGGAAUGAUGCCAGCCGCCAUGCCUAUGAUGCCAGGCCUAGGUGGAAUGGGAGCGAUGCCAGCUAUGGUUAUGCCCCAGCCUCAGCCCAUGUUGCCAUCAGUGGAUCCCAACCAAGUGGCAGCACAGCAGCAAGCCAUCAUCAACCAGCAGGCCUUGCUCAUGGCUCAGCAGAUGACUCUUCAAGCCAUGGCGAUUUCCCAGCAGCAGCAGCAGCAGCAGCAGCAACGGGAGAAGCCUCUUGAACCUUCAAAACCAAGGCAAUCAUCACCACAGAGGAGGUCGCCAGAACUUUCAAGGACAAGUCAAGCAUCAUCACAGAAACUGGCACCUGAAUCAUCAAGGCCAAGUCAAGAUUCUUCUCCUCCCUCUCGGCCAGCUGUAGUUCCUAAACCCAAGAAUCUCAACAGCAGAGACAAAGCUGUUCUACCAGAAGCUCCACCUCCACUGAUAAACAUCUUCCAAGAAGAGCAGCAUUCAGAAGUCAAAUGGGACACUCUAUCGAGAGAGACUUUCCAGAAGAAAAUGGAGUACUUCCAAAAAAUGGCGCAGCAAAAAAGUCCUACCAGGAAAAUAAUUCCUUUAAAGAGUUGGAGUCCUCCAAGCAAACCGCAAUUGGAGAAUGGCCAAGAAAUGGAAGUCCAGGGGGACCUGCGUUCUAAAGCGAAGGGUUUGGAGCUGGCGCAAAAGCCACGAGAUACGGAACCAAGCCAGGAGAUACGGAAAAUUGUUAAAGUCCACCAGAAUAGGCCAAACCCACAACCAAAUCCUAUCAUGCCUGUGAGACAUGUCUCUAAGCCCUUUGUGAAGAAGAAUGACCCCAAGACAGAAGCUCUGGCAAAGUUGGGGAUUGUGAGAGGUCCUUCAUCGCCAUCCUCUCCAUCACCAGAGAUGAGCUCUCACGUGCUUCCACCACCAACGCCACCAGGCAAGGUGUCCAACUCCAUCAAAGAAAAACAGCUGCCCCUCAAGAACCUCUUUUCUCAGUCACAACCUACUUCUCCUGGCCUCUCAGAGCUUCCUCCUCCUCCCCCAGUGCCACCCUCACCUCACCUUUGUUCCGGCUAUGCUACAGAAGAAACCAGCGCAUUAGGCUCUGCGAGGACAAUGGUGGAAGAUUCCAGUAUCAAAACCCAGCUCUUCAGUCUCAAUCCAAGUGUUAGCUUCUCCUAUGCUAACCCUACCUGGAAGCUCUUCCUGCGCAAAGAGGUUUUUUAUCCCAAGGAAAACUUCAGUCACCCUUUUUGCUUGAAUUUAUUAUGUGACCAGAUCAUCAGAGACACUUACUCAGACUCAUGCAUACGGAUCUCCAAAGAAGAGAGGCGUAAGAUGAAAGACCUGUUAGUGGAGUUCCAAGUGGGCAUGGAUGCCAACUCCAUUCCGGAAGAUGGGAUAAAGAAGAGGAUUGUGCUGGCCGCUCGUGAUAACUGGGCCAACUAUUUCUCUCGUCUUUUCCCAGUCAAGGGAGAAAAUGGAAGCGAUGUCCAGAUUUUGGGUGUUUCUCAUCGGGGGCUGCAGCUGUUGAAGAGAGUGAAAGGAGGCACCUUCAGUUCUGAACACCUGAAAACCCUUUGCAGCUACAGUUAUGCAGAUGUGCUGUCCUUGGAGCUGAUGGGCCGGAAUACCCUUCAUUUCUCUCUGAAGAAUGAGCAGCUCAUCUUUCACUCUCCAAAGGCCCAGCAGAUUAAGGCUAUGGUGGAACUUUUCCUACAUGAGCUGAAACAGGACUCCAACUAUGUCAUCGCAUUGCGCAGCUACGUGACAGAUGACAAGAGCCUCUUGAGCUUCAAGAAAGGCAACUUCAUCCGGCUACUGCCCAUGGCGGGACUGGAGCCAGGUUGGCAGUUCGGUUCUGUGGGCGGUCGCUCAGGCCUUUUCCCUUCUGCCCUGGUGCAGCUUGCAGCAGCUCCCGAUUACCUCAGCCUCCACAUGAACCGACAGGAAGAGGUCAAUAAGAGCCUGAGGAGAAACACAGAGGAGAGAAUCAUUAGCAAGGAGAACCCUGCCUCCAGCAUGUCUUCAGAAGUCAUUAGCACUAGCCCAACUACCAUUGUUCCUGACGCUUCAAACUACACUAUGACGGAGUUCGCCAUGGAACACUUCAGGAAAGGCCAGUUCACGCUAGGAAGAAAGGAGAUGAGGGCUGAACAGACGCACACAGCUCUCUUGGUACAGCAUACUAAGGUACCAAUCCCGGAACCACUCCUGUUCUUCACUGAUGGCAACCUGAAUGACCUGGCUACAAAAAAUUUUAUGACUCUGAUGAGGUUCAUGGGAGACCAGCCAGGUCUCAAGAAGCAAGGUGAAAUUGAAUACAUCUACGAAAUCCUCAAGCUGUGCAAAGAGCAGGAGCAACUGUUGGAUGAAGUUUACUGCCAAGUUAUCAAGCAGAUCACUCAGAACCCCAGUCAAGACAGCUGCCACUGUGGCUGGCUGCUCCUGAGCCUCUUCACCGGAUACUUCCUCCCCUCCAGCCUUUUGAUGCCUUAUGUCACCAAGUACUUGCAGGAGGCCAGCUCCGACGAGUCCAACCCUAGCGCAGAAAUAGCCAGGACUUGCCAGAGCAACCUGAGGAAAAUUGUCAUGUGUGGAGGCCGGCGAUACUUGCCGUUCUAUGUGGAGAUGGAAGCACUUCUGAAGGGACGUAGCUUACGCCAGAUAAUAGUCAACCUACCUGGAGAUCUGGAAUAUAAAACGAAAAUCAAGACAUUCACGGUUGCUGCAGAUGUGAUGAAUGAAAUUGGUGAGAUCAUGGGGAUCACGGAGCCAGAGGAGAUCCAGGAGUUUGCCAUCUUUGCCAACAAAGAUAACGGCAAGGUGGUAUUGCCCAUUCGCCAGAAUGAGUACAUCCACGACUAUUUGUUAGGCGGAAAUUUGAUAGUGCUGAGCUUCUGCAGGAUCACCUGGAAGACACCCUUGCACUUUGAGAAUGAGAUUUACACCAACAUUCAUUACAACCAGGUGCUGCAGAAUUAUUUGAAACGGAAACUCCUGUUGCGGCACAACAGUGCACUAGAGCGGCAGGUGGGUUUUUUGGCUCUGCUUCAGCACUGGGCCAAAGGAGCUGACUCGAUUCCUUCCAAACAAGAGCUAAUCAGUUACGUCCCUGAACCUGUGGCAAAUCUCAUCAGCCCAGAAAUCAUUCAAGCCUUGAUCGUCUAUCGUCUGGAAUCCAUGAAACCAUUAAAGCAACAGGAGGCAAAAAUGCAUUUUAUUGAGACUGUGAUCGAGCUGCCACUUUUUGGUUACAACGUUUACCCUCUGGAAAGGGUCGGCAUAAUUGGUAUCCCCAUGCCCUGCUUUGUAGCAGUGAAUGAGGAAGAAAUCAUUGUAGUAGAUGGAGAGUCCCAGAAACGUCACUGCCAAAUUCCACUGAAGGAGAUACAAAGGAUGCGGAGCUUGAGCUGCGUCGAGAAAUCUGGCCUGCCUGGUCUGGAAGUGUUCUACGGCUCAGCAGAAAAUCCCAAAACUAUGUGGUUUGAAUUGAAACAGGCGAAAGCAUUGUAUCGUACAAUUGUCAUCAUCGUAGAAGAAACAAGAGAGUCCCAGAUUUAGCAACAGUCAAUGGAAGAUCAGAACGACAUCUUUUUCUAGACCUCUGAAAUAAUUGUCAUGCUGGCACAUCAAAUAUGCUUGAUCUAUGGGUCUCACCUUCUUCCAAACUCUAUGCAUCACAACCAUCUGUAGGACACUUCGUUAUGAUAGUUUUUGCUUUGCUUUGUAAAACAAUCCUGAACCUGGGCCACCAACCUUCACUGCACAGGUCUUUUCUUCAUUUCCUUUUCCAAAUGCUUUCUAAUGACCUUGGAUUUCCAGAGAGCAAAAGCAAUUCACAAAUCCAGACAACACCUUGAAUACUACAAGUGUUUCCUAUUAAAUGUAAUGUGU